AUGGAGUCAAAACACACCGGGCAUUUGAACCAAGCCGUCAGCUCCAGGGCUGGUCCAGGAACCCCGGUGGAUGGGGACAGCGAGCCAGCGGGGGAAGGAGCGACUGAACCCAACCCGGUGAUGACCUCUUUUUACUCUCCUUCCCAGAUUACAAACGUCAAAGCCUCAAGGUCAGACAUUGUAAAGACAGGGAACCCAAAGUCCACGCCAAAGCAUAUAUGGACAGAAAGCGGUAAGGAAAUGUCCAUCAGUAGGCUCUUGUCACAGACUCUGCACGGCAACAAGAACAGCACCGCGUUGGACCUUCACUAUAACACACCGGAGCCCUACUCAGAUCAAGACCUUUGGGACUGGCUGAGAAACUCCACAGACCCGCAGGACUCAAAGCCUCGAGCGAAGCGGCGGCCCAUGGUUAAGACAGGCAAGUUUAAGAAGAUGUUUGGCUGGGGAGACUUCCACUCCAAUAUAAAAACUGUCAAACUCAACCUGCUCAUCACUGGGAAAAUCGUAGAUCACGGAAACGGUACCUUCAGUGUGUACUUCCGCCAUAACUCCACUGGCCAGGGCAACGUAUCCGUCAGCUUGGUCCCACCAACUAAGAUAGUGGAGUUUGACGUGGCAGCACAGCAGUCCGUCAUCGACGCCAAGGACUCAAAGUCUUUCAACUGUCGAAUAGAAUAUGAGAAGGUGGAAAAGGGGGCGAAGAAUACUCUCUGCAACUUCGACCCAUCUAAGACCUGCUACCAGGAGCAAACCCAGAGCCAUGUUUCCUGGCUCUGCUCCAAACCUUUCAAAGUAAUCUGCAUCUUCAUUUCCUUCUACAGCACUGACUACAAACUAGUGCAGAAAGUGUGCCCAGACUACAACUACCACAGUGACACUCCCUACUUCCCCUCUGGGUGACGCUCCCAUUUGCUCAAGCUAAUGGAUGGCUGGAACAAAAAACUGGGGAUCCCUCCCAUUGCAGAUGUUAACCAUAAUGUCCCUAAACCUGUCUACAUGGUUUAACCAUCCCAAGUCCUGUUUAUUUUCUCCUUUAGAGGGAUGUGAAUUUAUUUUUAAUAUUUGAAGCCUAGAAAAAUAAAUCUGUAAUAUGCCUAAAAUGCACCUGGAAAACUGUGGUUGUUUUGUUAGCAUUUGCUUUUGAUUUAUGUCAUGUAUCCUCUAUGCCUUGGUACGAGGGAAGAGGCUGGUGUACUUGUCACUGUUAAAUUCAACCCUACUCAUUAACUAUAUUUAGUUAUCCCUGAUUUAUUCACAGUUUCAUAUUUUAUCUUUUUUUCACUUCUCAUACACAUACUCUUUAGCGACAGCAUCUGGGAUUACCGCUGCCUAUGCUGCGCGCUAAUAGGCUCCUGUUUGCUUGUUGCAUAACUGGAAAGCAAAAUAAAUCAUGAUAUUUAAAAACAACACAAAAAUAAUCUACGGUUGUUUUUACACAAACUGCAAACCAGUAAACGGUGGCGAGUUCAAUGUGAGUUUGGUGCUUUUAGAAACAUACGGUGGUGUCUCCUGCCUACAGGGUGAACUGGGACUGAGCGGAUAGCUUCCUGCUGGUCCAGUCCGAAUUUCAAACAACCAGUGUCAAUUCUCAGCUUUUUCAGUGAAGCCAGAAUGCAGCGUUUGGUGGAUGACUGGUUGACACACUGAAUGUCUGAUUGAACAUUUGGGGAAGGGAAGAUGGGGGUGGGCGGGGCUUCCUCAGUCUGAAAUAAUAUAUCAAAUGUAGUGUACUGAAUUCUAUAUCUUAGAGCCUAAUUUGUAUAAAUGAUUUGUACUGUACAUAGUUUAUCCAAAUGAAACUGCUUCUGUACAUGUCUCCACCUGAGCUGUGUGUUUACCCCUCCCUGAUCUUGGUCAACCAUUAUAAUGCUUGUUCUUGGUUCCUCUAUCAAAUAAAAAGAUGUUGAUUCCCUAGAUGUGAAUAUCAUGAAAACUACAAUUCUGUACUCAAGUUGUAAAACUGACUAAAGAUAUUAAAGCUAU